CAGCCAUGACUUUGCGUUGUCCUAGCUCUCGCUACCUAGGUCAAGAUAUAACACAGUCUCGUCAUGAAAUUUCAUAAGUCAAAGUAAAGAAAGUAAACAUUCCAACGGGAAAUCACUAAUGAAUCAUCUAAAACUGCUUAUUUUUCCUUGGAAAAGAAGCUACCUCGGACACUCAGAUCUUUCCAAAUACCUGCAGGCUAGACCAUCCAUACUAGCUAAAACUGGAAACCAAUGAAAUGUCAGAAGAACCUAUGCUAGAAGAACCUGAGCUAGAAGAACCUGAGCUAGAAGAACCUGAGCUAGAAGAACCUGAGCUAGAAGAACCUGAGCUAGAAGAACCUUCGCCAGAAUUCUUCAACUUUGCGAAAGCGGCCAUAGAUAAAUUUUUGAAUCGAGUUUUAAAUAAUGAGAACCAUGGUCAUGUUGCGAAUAAUCAAGGUAGACGUAACCUGGUGCAUCAGGAAGGGAGCGGCCACGAGAGCCGCAACGAGGGGGAUUCCAAUGCAAGCCACCAAAAGGGCAAUGGGCAGAACAGCAGGGUUAAGGGAAAUCAGAAUGGAAUAUUUCAGCAGGUCUCAGAUAACAGAUGUCAUAUCUUUGAAGGAAACGGAAAUCGAGUAGGUCAAAAUGGGGACAAAAACAAGACUGAAAUUGAAGGUAAUCGCAAUGGGUUUUACCAGGUCACUGAUGAAAGCCGAAUCCCCUCCAAUCGACAUGGUUCCGACAGGGAAGAGUCGGAAACCAAAGGAAGCGGGUGUAAUAAAUGGAUAAGCAUGCUCAAGAAGCUUUGGGAAUCAAUAUUCAAAGGGGAAACGGAGAAGUGACAGGUAGGAGCGAUUUCAGGAAUACCUAGUUAGGCCCUUAGGUGCUUUAGGCUAUUUAAUAACUAAUUGGAUUUCAUUGACGAAUUAUACAAGAGAAAACUAAAAGAUGGUUGGAUCCAAUGGAAAAAUGACAUGAAAUGGCAAGGCCACGACCAUAUAAUCUAAGAGCUACUUGUACAAUAG